AUUUUCCCCGCUGGACGCUCUACUGCUUCCCAUUGUGGAUACGAAGAAGAAAAUAAGAGACAAGCGAAACAUUUCUCACGACUUCUACUCACUUUUCCCCCCAGGUGAUCUUCAGCAGCCAUGGCCCGUACCAAGCAGACCGCCCGUAAGUCCACUGGAGGCAAAGCCCCACGUAAGCAGCUCGCCACGAAGGCUGCUCGCAAGAGCGCCCCUUCCACUGGUGGAGUCAAGAAGCCCCAUCGCUACAGGCCCGGUACCGUGGCUCUGCGUGAGAUCCGUCGUUAUCAGAAGUCCACCGAGCUGCUGAUCCGCAAGCUGCCCUUCCAGCGCCUGGUGAGAGAAAUCGCCCAGGACUUCAAGACCGACCUGCGUUUCCAGAGUGCAGCCAUCGGAGCUCUGCAGGAAGCCAGCGAGGCCUACCUGGUGGGUCUGUUUGAGGACACCAACUUGUGUGCCAUCCACGCCAAGCGUGUCACCAUCAUGCCCAAAGACAUCCAGCUGGCACGUCGCAUCCGCGGGGAGCGCGCUUAAACGCCCUCUCCUCCUCUCGGUCUUUCUCCCUUUUUCACCUCUUCCUGCCCUUCCUUCACCAGUCUGUCUCUCGUUCCCUCACCCGCUCCCUCCCUCUCUCCCUCCUCCCUGUGUUAGUAGUGUGUAGAGGAAAACUGAUUAUAUUAUGGAAUAAAGUGUAUAGUCGUGUUUUUCUUAGACUUCUAGGGUACUCUCUCUUUUUGUGCAUGUACCGACUCUUUGGUGAUGAGAUCUCCUCAAGCACACGUCUCCUGGUUUGCACUUGUCCCUAAUCUGACUCCGCGGGGGUGAGGAUGACUUCUGGAUAGAAUAAGAGAAAACAAAACAUGGACUAGAACAAUGCAAAUUUGGGCGGGACAGCCAGGAGGAGAGGAUGGGUACGUGUCUGCUGGGGGACUCUUGUCUCUUUUCUACAGCAGGGUGCUAGAAGAACUUACCAGGUCCUCUCCUCCUGCUCUCUAUCCUCCGCCAGCCUCGCUCAGAGACGACGGUGUUGGUCUCUUUCAAGAUGGCCGAGGCUGUAUUUUCUGUCCCUGUCUGUGUCUGCAUGAGUGUUGGUUCUGAUCACCACAGCAUAUUGUACACAAUCCAUCAGCAUCUUUUUGGAGAACUUGAUUUAUGAUUACCAUAUUGAUCUUGCUGUCAUUCAUCAGGUUAGAGUUUUUGUUUUUUUUCUUUCAAAUGAGUCUCACUUUUUUUUUUUUUCCACUUCAAAGUAUUUGUAGAUGACGUGGAGAUGGGGGGAUAAAUCAGAUUACAACACCGACAGAGUACAAAAACAAACUGAUUUGAACAUGUUUUUUUCUACUGAGAUGUGAAGCUACUGACUUGUUUUGGCACCAAAGUUUGAUCCUCUUGUAGAAGCUCUUUUCCUAACUGACAGAAGAGUUUAACUUCACCUGUUGUUGUGGUGUUCAAAUUGGUUUUAUCUAAUAAUUUAAAGCCAAAGCUUGAGAGCUCGAGUAUGGUGUCAGAGAUGCUUUUGUAGCAGUGGCUCAUUUUUUAAAAUACAAAAAGACCUUUUUGUAACAAAGGCUCAUCUAGGUUUGUAAUGUUCUUCAAAACCAAAAGCUCUCAAAGUGUGAAAAUCAUUAUUUUUUAAACAAACUAACUGAUUAAAAUGUGAACAUGUGUUGUAAAUCAGUGUUACGUGAUAAUAAUACUGGUGUUUUCUGUAUACGUCCCCCCUUUGCUUCUAUUGUUUUCUCCGGAUCAGUUGAUCGUCUGUAUACCGUUUCUCAGGUCGUCUUGUCACCUUUUAACUUAAUUUUAAACUUUUUUUUUUUUUUUUUUUGCUGAAUUUGAUUUUCUUUUUCUUUUUGAAAUGUUGAGAAUGAUGUUUCAACUAAACAAUGUUUGUAAUUUCCAGAUUUGUCAUAUAAGGUGGUAAUAAAUGGAUGUUACACACA